CUGUCAAAAUGUUUUUGUUCUGGGUUACACUGAUUCUUCUUCAUCGAGUAUCUGCACUCAUUCCAAUAACUACAGCUCAACUUGGGGGACCUGUCAACUUUACAUGUGUUCUGCCCAAAACUGAGACCGGCCGAAGAGAUAUCCACUGGUACCAUCAGAGAGCUGGUGACACACUGAAAAUUAUCUGGACACUGAAAGAAUCGGCAACACCUAAGUUUGCACCUGCAUUUGAUAACUCAAGAUGGGAAGCUAAUUAUGAUAAAAAUGUCAGCAACCUGACCAUUCUGAAAACAAAUCAAGACGACGAGGGAAUCUAUCACUGUGGGUUUACAGAGUGGCUCCAAGAUACUACAUGGAGCGGAACGUAUUUGUUAGUAAAAGGAAACACCCAGACAGCAAACUACACUGUUGUUCAGGAGAAGACAGUCCAUGCAGGAAAUUCAGUGACUCUUCACUGUUCACUAUUUUCUGACGCUGAAAAUAAGACAUGUCCAGGAGGUCACCACGUGUUCUGGUUCAGAGAAGCAUCUCAUCCUGAUAUCAUUUACACUGAAGGAAACAGACAUCAUGAAUGUGGGAAAAGAUCUGAGGCUCAGCGGAGCUGUGUUUUUCGCUCUUCUAAAAAUGUCAGCUCCUCUAACGCUGCGACUUACUAUUGUGCUGUGGCCACAUGUGGGCUGAUAGUAUUUGGAAAUGGAACUAAACAAGAAAUGGUGCAAACAGCAGGUUCUGCAUUUAUUGCACUGGUGAUAGCAAUAAUCUGCUUGGUUAUUUCUCUAAUUCUUAAUGUUAUUUUCAUCUGUUGCCGAACUCCAGGAGCAGCAUGUGAACAAAUUAAAAAAAACAGCUCGUCACAAGCAAGGCGAGAUGACUUGAGCCAAGCUGUGGAUGACAGUAUUGAAGGUGAACUGAACUAUGCUGCACUGCAAUUCUCUGGAAGGAAAACGACAAGAGGAAAGAAGAAGAAGGGUGAACUGGAAACUGAAGAAAGUGUGUACUCUCAAGUAAAAUGCAGAAUGUGAAAGUGUGUCGGUUGGGUUAUAGUACUGAUCUUUUAUAUUGAAAAUAAACAAAUACAAAGAAUUUGUUAGUAAUUUUACUAAAAACAUGAUGCUUUACAUUCAUUGUACCUAUUGUGUUUUCCUGUUCUUGCUUUCCAGGUUAUUUAUUUAUAAUAUGAUGAAUCAAAUUAAAUGAAUAGUAAUACAUUGUAUUACAUACAUAGUAUACAUGAGAGGUGAGUCGAGUAUCCAAAAAUUAUACUCAAGUAAGAGUAGCAUUACUUAAAAAUAUUAUUACUCAAGUAAAAGUGAAAAGUAGUCGUCAAAAAAGUUACUCAAGUAAGAGUAAAAAAGUACUUGGC